GAAAUUUAAUUUAUAGCCAAACUGAUCAUAUCCUCACAAAAACAAUCAAAUCACUCGUAGACUAAUAAUAAUAAUAAUAAUAAAAAUGGUUAUUCUGAGUGAAAUUGAAAAAGGAUCUUCAUCAAGUAGUCAUAGUCAUGAUCAUGAUCAUAAGAAUCAUAAACAGCAACGAUAUGAUGUAUUUUUAAGUUUCAGAGGAGCUGACACCCGUAAUAGUUUCUCUGCCCACCUCUACGAUGCCCUUGUGAAUGCUAAGAUAGAUACCUUUUUGGAUGAUGAAGAGAUCGAAACUGGAGAAGACCUCAAACCUGAAUUGCAGGAUGCCAUCAGAUCAUCAAGGGCUUCUGUAAUCGUGUUAUCCGAGAAUUACGCUACUUCCACAUGGUGUCUUGAUGAGCUGGUACUCAUCCUUGAGCAGCGUGAGACCUCUGACCAUAUGGUUAUACCAAUCUUCUAUCAUGUGGAGCCAACCAAUGUAAGGAUGCAACAAAAGAGCUUUGGAGAUGCCAUGGCUGAGCAUAGACACCAGAAGAUGGAGGCCGAAACAAAUGCAGAGAAAAGAGUUAAUUGGGGUGAAAAGAUAGAUCGCUGGUGUAAAGCGCUGACACAGGUUGCUAACUUAAAAGGGGAAGACAUCAUAGGAAGGAGAGAGCCAGAUAUGAUUGAAGAAAUUGUUACCAAGAUCCGUCAAAGAUUAGGUGUACCCCUAAGUGGUACUUUGCCACUCCUUAUUGGUAGGAAUCAUCACAUUGAAGAAAUCACGUCAUGGUUGACAGAUGACUCUUCUAGGCAUACUGUUGACAUUCUCACGGUUUUUGGCAUGGGUGGGAUUGGGAAGACAUCUUUGGCCAAAAAUGUCUUCCACUUCUAUUCUCGUACAUUUGCCAAGAGCUGCUUUCUUGAAGGUAUCAAUUUAAGAUGUACCGAAAAAUUUGAUGGGUUGCUUGAUGUACAAAAGCAACUUUGUGAUGUCAUCUUAGAAAAGGACAAGCUACAAGUGAAGGUGUUUUUAGUUCUUGAUGAUAUUGAUAGUCUCGAGCAAUUGGAUGCAUUACUUGGAAGCAAAAGUUUUCAUCCAGGCAGCAAAAUCUUAAUAACAACAAGGGACGCAUCAUUGACAGAGAGGUGUGCACUAUUCAAAUCGGAAGUUGAACACAAUCAUACAACCUUCAAAGUUGAAGGCUUGUAUGAUACUGCAGCACUGAAGCUAUUAUGUCUUCAUGCAUUCAAUUCCAAUGAUCCUAAAGAAGGUUAUGGAGAGGUUAUAAAAAAGCUUAUGAAGUAUUGUGAAGGACAUCCAUUGGCUAUUCAAGUUCUUGGCAAGUCUCUAUAUAAUCGAGAUAUAACUUAUUGGGAAGAAUGCAUAGAAACCUUAAAGAAUGAAUCUCGUUCAGAUAUAAGGACAGUCUUGCAAAUGAGUUUCGAUUCCUUACCAUCCUUUAAUGACAAGGAAUUAUUUAAGCAUAUUGCUUGUUUUUUUGUUGGAAUAAAUCGAGAGAUUAGCGAAAAAAUACUAAAGGCAUGUGAUAUAAACACAAAAUCUGGAAUCACGAAUCUCAUCGAGAGAUGUCUUCUUAGUAUUGACCAACGGGAUAACUGCUUGAAGAUGCACCAACUACUUCAAGAGAUGGGGAAAGCUAUAGUACGUGAAGAAUCACCCCAUCAUCCUGGGAAGCGCAGUCGAUUGUGGUGUCACGAUGAGUCAUUCAAAGUGUUAAAAGGGAGAAAGGGUACUGAUAGGGUUAAAGGACUUGUCCUUGACACGAGAAUGCUUGAGAAAGAGAAGUUUUGUGCUUUGAAAACAGAUGCCUUUAGCAAUAUGGAUAAUUUAAUGAUACUACAACUCAACUAUGUGCAACUCAGUGGGUCUUAUGAGCAUUUUCCAGAAGAACUACGAUGGCUGCGGUUGCACGGGUUCCCUAUGAAGUCGAUACCUUCAGACAUACCAAUGGAGAAGCUGGUUGUUCUCAACAUGUCAAACAGCAAAAUUGAAUCAUUUGCCGCUUGCUGUACUAGUUGUAACCCUCAACCAAUUGAGGCUGGGCAAAAGUUAAUUGGAUCGUGUUCAAAAGACAAAAGAAUCCUUGGAUCAUUGAAGAUUCUUGAUCUGAGUUUCUGUUCCCAGCUUCAUGAAUUCGGUGGCUUUUACGAACUCCCUGCACUUGAGGCGUUAAUUGUUAAAAAGUGCAUACGUUUGAUUGAGAUUUGUAAAUCAUUUGAAGAAUGUGCUGAACUUGUCCACAUCGAUCUUCGUGAUUGUGUCAAGCUAGAAAAGCUUCCAACAGCAAUACACAAGUUGAAGAAGGUUGAAACGCUAUUGCUAGAUGGUUGCAAUAUCUCUUCCCUUGUGGAGAAGAUACAAAGUGAUUUGAAUUUUUGUGCGAUUUCCAUACCAAGCUCGUUAGUAAGAUUAUCUCUUAAAAAUAAUAAUUUGUCCAAUGAAUCCUUUCCAGUGGACUUGAGUUGCCUAUCUAGUUUAAAGUAUUUAUGGUUAGAUAAGAAUCCUAUUGUUUCUAUGCCUAAUUGUAUAAGAAGCCUUUGUAGUCUUGAGAUACUUAGUAUGGUCAACUGUAAAACUCUCAUGUCAGUUGAGCACCCUCCAUGUACGCUAAAACGGUUGGACGUUAGGAUGAGUUCCCUAGAUUCAAAUAAGAUUUUGCAGAAAAUUUCAUUUGAUUUAGAUAUGUCCCCAAUCAAUAUAGUUGUAUCUUCAUGUUCAUUCCGACCUUGGUCAUAUGAAAUAGAAGGGAUGGUGAAAAUCCAAGCACUAGAAAGUGUUGAGGAAAAGGUAUUAUGCAGUUUGGGUUGGACUAACUUAUUUGACUUCCUUAAUAAAAGGCAUGUUCGAACUUAUCAUCUCGGGAGUGGAGUAGAGCAAUCUCAUAUAAUCCAGAUGUAUUAUGAAUUUGGAAUAUUCAGCACAAUUUAUGGAGGGCAAGGGAUGAUGCCAGAUUGGAUUAGCUGGAGUAUAAGCUGCAAGGAGACACCAGUAUCAUUUACAAUCCCUUCAUCACCUAAAAAGCAGCUCAGAGGUCUGAAUUUAUGCUACAUGCUGAGCGAUAUAAGUUACAUAACAGAAGCUUACACCUCCGGAUACAAAAAUAUAAAUGAUCGAUUUUUUAAAUUGCCAACGAUUGAAAUAAGUAACAAAACAAAAAACCGUACCUGGGGAUACAAGCAUUGUGUCCAUGAAACAUAUGUAGGUGGAGAGUGGUUAACAUAUCUAAGCCACUGGAUGUUUGGGAUGAAUGAACUGGAAGCUGGUGAUCAAAUUAUUAUUACCUUGAAAGGAGAAGAAUAUUAUGCUGGAAGCAAGAAAGAUGACGGUUGUGCAUAUGUAUCACAAAUAACUAUUCCCUUGAAAGGAGAAGAAUAUGACGAUGGUCGCAUGAAAGAUGACGGUUGCGAAUAUGUAUCUGACCAUGUUACAGAGAAAUUUGGGGCGGGGUUUGUGUAUGAAGAUGAAGAUGGAAUGAUGGAAGAUGAAGAAGAAGAUGCAUUGGAAUAUUACAAGUCAUGGAAUCACAUCAUUGGCGGUGACCUAUCUUGUUUUCAAGUAACAUCCGGAGAAUACGUCCUAUUUCACGAAGCAUUUACACGAGUAUUCGAGAUGGGCCCACUGGGUUACUGUGGAUACAGCCCCUCCGAAUAUAAAGAAAAAAUCGUUCAUUUUAGAGCUUUCUCCAAGACGAAAAGUCCCAAGACCCUCCGUAAAAGAAAGGUGAUGGAGAUCGUUGCCAACCGACCCCCCCUGGGUCUACAAGGAGUAUUACCUAGGCAGGCCCACCCCCUUCCCCUCCGAGGGGCUAGUACGUCCAAGCUUCACAUCUUGGAUGAUGAUGACGAUGACGAUGACUGUCUGAUGAUAGAAAAUGAGGAAAAAGAAAAGAAAGAAAGUUUAGUGAUAAAGAAGAGAUCCUGCUGGUGGAAGAUGGUUAGUUGGUGUCAAAAGAAGUGAUGAUGAAGGUAAGGAUAUUAUGGGUGAGUGUUUGUUGAAUUUCGGAUCGGGUUUCUUUUCCUAUUUCUAUAGGAUGAGCAUAUUAAAUGAAGAAUGAGUGGUAAAAGUACCAGGUGUUCGAUGAAAGGUCAAGCCUAACUAAAACUAUUUACGUAUUUCCAGUUUUUUUUCUUGCUACAGGAUUAAUGAGUUGGCAGUUUCUUAGACUGGAUGAUCUUAAAUACUAGAUUGUUAGACCUGAACUGGAGACGUCUUUGAAAUCGGGAGAGACACCUUAUGAAGUGAUACCAUCCAUCAUUCAAUUGCAACACAUGAUAAUUAGAAGAUAGCUCCAUAGCCACUUGCACGCUUCAGCAAUACCAGGCAAGAGAUGAGUGAAGUGCCUUUUUUUUACAGUUUAUUAAUUGUUCUCCAACAAAGUAGAUGAGUUACAAACUUAAAUUUCGUAAAUGUGCUUAAUUAUUUAUCUAAUCAGGCGUUGGUGUAAAACAACAUUUAUGACUUUUCUUUACUCUGUUCACUUUUAUGACUGAACAUUUACAACUUUUCAUACAUGUGCUUUAUCGAA